AUGAUUGCGAUCGAACGAUCACUAUCGACUGCAAAACAUUCAAAUUACGAAGAAAAUAGAGGAAUUGGACCAGUGCUUGUUAUCGUGCAGAUUUUAAUCGUCGCUUGUCUCAUUUAUAUACUCUACUACAAUAUAGUUUUUUCGGAUAACAUUAUUUAUUACUGCUUGGCCACAACUGCGGGGUCUCUUUGGUCCACGUAUGUGUCAUUCUCUUUCCUCGCAGUUGUACAAGUAGUGGCUGUCAUUGUCUUACACCUACUAAAGGCGGUUAAUAGGAAAAAUGCCGUCAAGCUGCGCGAGAAUCCAAAUCUUGGAGCACGCUAUAAUGUCGAGGAAAAUCUGAGGACUAUAACUAUCGUCUUUCCAUUUUGCGUGAUGACAUGCCUGUUCACAAGUACCUUCUUCGUCGUUUUGGUCUGCGUUGUUGCUUUCAAUCGUACACUGGACCCUCCAAUGCUCUUCACUCUCAUCGAUGGCUAG